AAGCAGAUCCAAAUAUUACGAUCAAGGCGCUUUACGCUCAAGCGGAACAGCCACCGUGACGUCACGAAGACGUUUCCUUUGCGCCCUCCACGUAGAGUGUACGUGCGGCACGUGACGCCCGAAUUGUUCCGCGCUGAUGAAGAGGGGGGAGGUCGCACGGAGAUAAACAUCCGAGGAGAGGUGCUCAGCGUCGUCAAGAUUUUGCUGCCCAAAAAAAAAAAAAAAAAAAAACCCCCCCAAAAAGAUCGAGGACAACAAGAAGAAGCGUGGUGGGGGGACACUAGCCGGAUUGAAGACAUGAGGAGAUCGAAAAGACGAUGGAGAGUAAACUCUGCUACGCAUUAACUUGUACGGAAGACCUUGAACAUCUGCUGUCAAACCCUGAGGAAGGAGCCCAGAUCGAGAGGACAAAGACACUUUUCGAAGAGAUCCGUGCGUCUGUCAACAACAAUGAGGAGCAGGAUCGCUCUUUCUGGAGGCCGGUGCUGCCCUGGGGUGGGGUCUACACGAUCCGGGCUGGGCGCAAGGCCAUCUCCUGUACACCUCUGUACGUGAAGAUCAGCCUCAAGAACACGUGCACCAUUGAUGGCUUCCUUAUGCUCCUCUAUGUCAUUCUGCGUGAGAACGAGACUUUUCCCCGUGAGGUGGGCCUCUUCCUUGGAAAGGACUUUGUGGAGCAUUUCCUCUACCUGAUGGACUCCUACGACUACACCACUGUAAAGCUGUUGUGGAUCUGGGACAGGAUGUCCAAGCGGCAGUACCGCUCGGAGGUCAACCGAGCCGCGCUGGAGAUAGACCUGUUCGGCAAUGAACAUGAGAACUUCACCAAGAACCUGGAGAAUCUUAUGUCCACUGUCCAGGAAAGCCUCUGCACGAACUGCAACUGUCCUGCCCGAUUCCAGGAGCUUCUCCAGAGGACUAUCAACAUCAGUCCCCCCCGGGAGCUGCCUCACCGAGAUCUCAUUCAGUCUGCAGUCGACGAGUUCUUUUGCCCUAAGGUUGUCCUCUGCAAUGAAGCGGGGUGCGACGGCUUACGGGAGUUUUCCCAUAGAGUGUUUUGCCAUGGCCCCCCACCCUUUGUCAUACUCAAUAUGCAGAUGUGGAGGUCGGAGAACCUGGCUUACGUGCCCUACCACCUCGCCCUCUGUGACCACAGGUAUUCACUAGAGGGCGCUACACUCUUCAACAAAGAGGAGCACCACUACUCAGCGGCCUUCCAGAUUGAUGGCUACUGGAUGCACUACGAUGGGCUGCGUAGCGACAACUUGGUCCUGCUGAACAAGCCCCCAGAGCUGCUGCUGCUGUCUUCGCUCGUUUACAUUCGCUGCUCUGACAAAUGAGGGUCCUAGCAGAAGGACCGAACCCAGGGACCAUGUAGAAGAGGCCUGACGGGGUAGGGAGGAGGAGUAGGAUGCUCGAAAAACUAUUAUCGUCUCCCUUCACCAACCCCUCACACAUUACAGGUCAACAACAUGUUGAGUUCAGUUUUGAAUUAUUUCAACCCUUGACACAAGGGUUCGACUGGUUCUGAAAUUUUAGUCCUCCAGCAUGGCUGUAGGUGUAAUUUUCCCAUAGAAGACAUUAAAGCCAAGUACAUAUAUUUUCAGGAAGGGAAGUAGUUUCUUUUCUCUUGUUUUCAGAGACUAUACUCUGUUCUUGGGACUGCCCACUAUUUUGCCAGAUUGCAGCUUCUAAAAAGCUAACGGUGGAUAAUGAAUAUUAGCGUCUCGCUUUUCCCUUUCAAGCUUGCUUGGAAUCCAAGACAAAAAAUGGACUAUAAUAGUUCUGAGCUGCAAAAAAUAAUUUGACAAUUCCCAAAUUUGAAGAAUGUUCAAAAUUGUGGCUGUCACAGUGGUGCUAAAUGCAGUGUAGUAGGAGAUUGCAAGAGUGAAUUUUAUAACCAUUUAGCCAACAUGCAGUGGUUCAAAUUCAGUUUGAUUUUGUCAAAUAUUGGUCACUUAUUAGUGUGUAUCAUACUACUUUGUUUGGUCUAGUGGCAGGUAUAUUGCUGGGCAGCAGCGCUCUUCUUCCUGUGUAGUUUAUUAAAUGAAGAAUAGUUCAAUAUAGGCAAGUGGAAUAUAAUGAUGCCAUGUACAAUGUAAUUGUUAGAAAAUACAUGUUUACACAAUCUGAGUUCAUACUUUUGUCUACCAGAUGCUUAUUGAAACUUUAUAUAAUUUGAGUUCUGUAUUUUGAUCAGCACACUUAAUUUUACAAAAUAUCAUACAGCUUGCAGUGUAGGUUUGUACCCUCUCGUGCCUCAGUAGUUUAACAUUUUAAGAAUCGCUGAACUGUAUCUAGAAAAACUCCUUUUAACCUUCAUUAUAUGAAAAUGACAAAGGCUCCUGUAUAAAAUACCAGGAUUUACUCUCUUCUGAUGUGUUUCCAGCAGGGACUCUUCUACAGUUGCUCCUAUAUAAUGUUUUGGCAAUACCAAAACAGAGAAGGCUUUCUGAAUUUUGUACAUGUUGCACUGAUCAGUAGAUAGUGGCCAUAAUCUGACAUGCUGCUGGUGUUUGGGGUGAGCUUCCUUCAUUCCCUGUAGUAAUUCAGACUUCAUUAGAGCUGAGAAUAGCACUGAGUAGGUGGAGCCUGUUGAGUUUCUUCAAAAUGAAUUUGUUCAGGUAACUGUAAAUGACAACUCAUGUGCUGGAAGAGACAAAGUGACAUUUAACCUGUGAGUGACACUGUGUUGGCAUUUCAAUUCAGUAUAGCAGAAUGUGGCACCUAAGCUGGAAAAAGAACAUUCUUUAACAUUUGUUUAACACCAAUUGGAGACUAUGCUCAGAUAUUGUUUUAUAUUAAAAUUACAUUUUUUUCAAUAAAGACUAAUCCAACUUUAAUAAUUCAAAUUCUUUAAAAUUUGAUGGGAGAUUGUCAACAUACACAAAUUUUCUACACAUUUUUCCUUUCACAAAAAAGGUUUUUUCUGAGGCACAACUACUUGAGCAGUUUCGACUCUUUCAGUGCAUGAAUCGCAAUGUGCAAAGAUCAACAUUUCCAGUUAUCAGCCUUUGGUCAAUUAUAGUGACAAGUAUUUAAUUGUUCAUAAUGUUUGUUUCAUGAAAUUCUCUACUUCAACUCACUGAAAAGGUAAGUGCUGAUACAUUAUACUGCCAGCUCCAAA